AUGCUUUGCAUGGGGCUCAGCGCACUCAUGCUCUCUUUGGGGGCUUUGGAUGCCAGAAAGCAAGUCCCCUCGGUGAUGACCAAGGUGUUUGAUGUGAGGAUUAGAUUUAAAGAUGUUAGUAGAAUAAUUAUUGGCCUGUUUGGAAAAGUUUUGCUCAAGACUGUGGAUAAUUUUAUUGCUCUGACAACAGGAGAAAAAGGAUAUGGAUCUCCUUUAUUUAAAUUUCAUCGUGUCAUCACAGAUUUUAUGAUUCAAGGGGGACUUUUUACCGCUGGAGAUGGCACUGGCGGUAUUAGCAUUUAUGCAGAGACAUUUUCAGAUGAGAAUUUGAAGCUGAAGCAUUAUGGGAUUGGGUUGGUCAGUAUGGCCAAUGCUGGGCCCGACACCAGUGGGUCUCAGUUCUUUAUCACCUUGACUAAAAUCUCCUGGCUGGAUGGUAAACAUAUGGCGCUCUGGUUAUCAAGCCAUCGAAGUCAGGUCGAAUGUGUACUAUCUGUAAGUUUGGGUGUUCUUGCUCAUCUCCCCCCAAUUCAUAUCAUCUGGAAACUUCACCCUCAGCUCUAG